UAUCUGUGGUUAUAUUAUUUUUCUUAUCAAUUAAAAUAACCCAAGUAAUGUUUUCAACUUUUUUUAUCUAUAAUUUUUUUAGAGUUAUGAAGGAUUUUAACAGUACUGUUUAUUUAGAAUUAAAUGAAUAAAAGUGAUAUAUAUAUAUAUAUAUUUUUCAUAUUAUCAUUGAAGUUAUGAAAAUUUAGUUAGAACUUUGAAUUACGGUUACAUGGUACUGUCAAUGUUUUUAUUGAAUAUGCGCUCGAUUGUUCAAUUUUUAUUUUUAAUUAUGUAAAAUAUUAAAAAUUAAUAGUUUUGUUGAAAUAAGUGUUUAUUUUAAUGUUUAUACCAUGGAUUUAACGUUAACUGAAAAAGAAGAGUUUAUGCAAGAACACCUUGUAGUUUGGUUAAAAUCAUGUUUAAUGCAACCAGAUAAACUUAACACUUAUGAAGAUUUAAUUGAUGGUACAGUAAUUUAUGAAGUUCUACUACUUAUAGAUCCAGAACCAUUAUAUCAUGGUGUUAUUCCAGGUCAACAUGAUCCAGCUAUCAGAGUGCAAAAUUUUAGUUAUAUUUUGAAAAAUAUUAAAAUGUUAUAUGAAGAAGAAUUAGAUCAAGUUAUUCUUACAAUGCCAGAUUGUUUACGAUUUGGUCGAGAACCAUAUUCAAAGCGUAGUUAUGAAGAUUUGAAAUUAUUAUUGUUAUUGUUACUUGGGUGUGCUGUUCAGUGUCCUAAUAAAGAAAAAUUCAUUGAGCGUAUAAAAAUGCUACCUAUUGAAUCUCAACAUGCUCUUGUACAUUAUAUUAAACAGAUAACAGAAAGUCAAAAAAUUGUUAUAACUCAAGAAAAUGCUGAACAUUUAACUACUGAUUUAAUGAUAUCUCAUAUUCGACAAUUAGUAAAAGAACGAGAUCAAUAUCUUCAAUUAUGGACUGAAAUGGAAGAAAAACGAUGUAGUUCAUUUAAGCCCAUGCAAUCAUCUACGUCUGUUGGACCUAGUAGUGAUAAUCAAAAUUAUGCAAUUGAACUUGCUGAUUGGAAAGCAAAACUGCGAAAACUAAGACACGAACUCGAGGAAAAAACAGAAGCUCUAUCUGAAACAAAAGAAGAACUUGAACAAACAAACUACACUGUAUCUAAGUUAAAAGAAGAGAUUGAACAAAUAAAAGUUGAUGCUAGAGCAGCUAAAGCUUAUAGAGAUGAGGUGGAUGCAUUGAGAGAAAAAGCAGAAAAUUAUGAACAUUUAGAAACAGAAAUAAAAAAAUAUAAAGAAAAACUCAGUGAUUUGGAUUAUUAUAAAUUAAGAGAAGAGGAACUAACACAGAAUAAUCUUUUACUACAAGAAACAAGAGAAACUCUUGAAGAACAAUUAUUAAAAUUCAGAAAACGUAUAACACAAAUGCAAGACAUGGAAUCACAGUUAUUAGGUUUUAAACAAACAAUCAAUACAAUGACAUUAGAACGAGAUGCACAUUUAAGAAAAAUUGACGAAUUAAUUAAUGAAAAUGCUCAGCUUGAUUUGAUGAAUAAAUCUCAUCAGUUUAAUGAAAGUUUUAAUAAAGGAAAUAUUGAUAACAGUUUUUUUGAUAAUAUUGAGUCUAAAGAUAAUAGUUUAUGUGAACAGCUCAGUAGUAGUGCUCAGUCGCAAGCUUUAAAGCUUGAGCUUGAAAAUAAGAAACUUAUAUCAACUAUUGAAUCAUUACAAGAAAACCUCAGGCAUCAAAACAAUGAAGUAAUAUUAGAGCUAGAAAAAGACAAAAAAUUAUUAUCACUGCAGCUUGAGGAAUCAGAAAAUAUUAAAAAGCGAUUGCAAAAUCAUUGUGCAUUAGUGGAAAAUGAAUUGUGUACACUGAAAAAUGAGUUAAAAAAACUAAAUGAAUGUUGUGUACAUCAAAAGUAUCAGAUAAUUGAAAAAAGUAAAGAAUUAGAAAUUACUAAAAAAGAAAUUGAAGUUUUGAAAAAGCAAGCAGAAGAAAACAGUGUACUUUACAGUAAUGAAAAAUCUGAUUUAUUAAAAAAUGUUGAACUUAAGAAUAACCAUUUGGAAAGAGAUAUUUCUAAAUUAAAAACAUUAUUGGAAAAUAAAUUAGAAACAAUUGAUAAUUUAUCAAGCGAAAUUGAAUUACUAAAAAAAGAAAAUAAGUUGUUAAUAACGAAUAUAGAAGAAAAUGAUAAGCAAAUUACUAGAUUACGGGAUAUUGAAAAUGAAUUCUAUGAUUUAGAAAGUAAAUAUGCUGUUGAAGUAGCAGCGACUAAAGCAGUCCAAGAUGAUUUAGUUACAGAAAAACGACAAUCUCAAUUAAUUAUUGAAAAUUUAGAUAGAUUGGGUUUAGCUUUGGAUCAGUCUGCUGAACCAGAAAAUGUUUUAGACCAAAUUGUUUCCAGUCCUGAAGUAAUUAAAGCUGUAAGAAAUAAAAUCAACACUUCUAAAAGUUCUGAUUUAAAUAAUGAUCAUGUUGCUCAAUUAGAAGUUGAAUUAACCACAUUGAAAUCUAAAGUGCAAUCUCUUAACACUCAACAUACUGCAUUGCAACUAGCUAAUUCACAGUUAGUUGCUGAAAAAGAAGAUACUCAAAAAGACUUGGAUGCAACUAAAAUAGCUUUUUCUAAACUACAAAAACUACAUAAUCAGCUAGCAGUAGAAUACGAAGAACAAUUAAAACAAAAAGAUUCCUUGAAAAGUGAUCUUAAAGAUGCAAGAUUGGCAUUAAAAGAAAAGUUAACCCAGUUGAGAAGUGUCGAGUCUAAGUUAAAAAGAGAUAAUGAACAGUUAAAGAUAGAAAUUGCUACUGUUAAACAUUUACCCGCUGAACACUCUAAAUUAAAGGACGAUUUUCGAGCUUUAUUCACAAUUAAUGAAAAACUCAAAACAGAUUUGAGAAAUAGUUAUGAAACAAUUGACCAAGUUGAAGGAUACUUGAAAGAAAUAAAUAACUUGAAAUCUAAACUCACUGAUGCUAAUGCUCGAUAUACAGUAUUACAACAAAUGACUAGUACUUUUGUAGAGGACAGAAGGUCUUUAAUGGAACAUGUAACAAUGCUUAUUACCCAGUACCAUGAACUUUUGACUCAAUCAUUAGAAGAUAAAGAACAGUAUCAUUUAGAAGAAAAAAAUAAUGCGGAUAAAUUAAAUCAUUUAUCACGUCAAAAGGAAAAACUAGAAGAAAAAAUAAUGGAUCAUUAUAGAAAAUUAAACAGCUGUAGUAUUAAUAAGAAAAAAACUUUUGGUUCUGCAUUGUUAAAAAGAGUAAAAAAAGCUGGAACAGAAUUGAUUAAUAAGAGUCGAACAUCUUGGCAUGAAGAUAUGGUUAGAAGAGGGAUUGAUUCUGAUACAAGUUUAGAUUUUGAAGAUACUCCAUUAAAUCAUGAAUAUUCUGACAAUUUAACCAGUCUGGGAACACCUGGAACAAGGCAGACCCUUUAUCUUUCUGGUGAAGAAAAUGAUUGUGAUGAAGGAUCUAUUGUUGCUAGUCAUUCAUUACCCGAUUCUCCUCUUACAUCAUCAUAUCAGAAUGAAAACAAGUUAAUCCAUUCAAUUAAUGAUGAAACCAUCAAUAAAGAUAAUAAAAGUAAUCAAUCAGUACGUUCAAAUAAGUCUCACACAAAUGAAGAUUCUAACUGGUAUGAAUAUGGUUGUGUUUAAGUAUAAUUUUUUGCAAUAUUUCUUGACUGACAAAAUUUUAUGAAGUAUAUUUAUCUUUUAAUUUGUUCCUUAUAUAUAUAUAAAUGCACAAAAUAUUUUUCUAUAUAUUUAAAUUAUUAUAUUGUAAAUAAAUGUUCAUAAUAACUUCCUAUAUAUUUUCAAAACUUU